GAGGCAAGAGCACUAUCGCAUCUGUGUUACGAGCUACGCUUUGUUUACAUCGGCGAUCAAAACGCGUGUACUUUGAAUGUGUAGAAUCUGCGAUAGUCGCCAUCACGCAUGUGUCAUCGGCGAUAUUCGUGCUAGUAGGAAUCAGUGCGCACUGCGCGUAUACAAACAACACGGAGCUACACUACGUCCCAUCGGCUUCGAUGAACCUCGACUCUGAACAGCGGCCGUGUGGUGGUUUUGCAGAACAUCGCGCCCACCCUCGAUUCAUCAUAGCUCAAAAACACCACAUUUAAGGGCUGAAUGUUUCGGUAGUGGGCGUGCAGUUCAGAAUCUCCCACGUGAGCGCUGUCAACCACAUGCUAUACAAGGGUUUAAAAUGUACCGUUCUACAGCCAGUUAGCAGACGCUGCCCAGCGCGAUAACACAGGCUCUACGAGUGUACGGUACCGAAAUGUACUAUAGUUCUUAGAAUUCAGUGGGAAAAUAUCGCGUCAACGAAUUUCAUCGUGUGCCCAACCGAUGGAAACCCGUCUUCGAGUCUUUUAAUUUUUGCACCGUAAUAAUGAUGCGAUCCACGCACGGAGUCCCAUCAAGAUAGCUGUGCAGAAUCCUGUAGAAAAGUAGAUAUUUUUAUGACAAAUAUUAAAGUUAUAUUAAUGAAACAAUAAAAAUGGCUGAUCACGAAGGUAAAGAAUCUUUAUCUUCUAAAGGCAAAUCCAGUGGAACAAAGAAUUUUGGAAGUACAGUUUUUGCACAAAUAAUGCAAAAACGAAAAGAACAAAGAGAAACUCAGAACUCACUAGUUCAAGAUCCCCACCAAAAUGAUGAUUCUGCUGUUAUAACUGAUAAAAUUGUGGAAAAUAAUAAAAAAGUAAAUUCUAUAAUUAUUUCAAAAGUUCAUAAAACUAAAUCUCGAAAAAGAAAGUCUCAAUGGAAAUGUGGAAAUGUGGUUAAACAGAAAAAGAAGAAGCCAAAAAUGAAUUCUGAAAGUCAUGUUGAAAAAUUGGAUCAACCAGAAAAACAAACUAAACAAACAGAGGGAAAUGCAACAACACUCGUAGAUAGAAAUUAUUAUGACGCUCCUGUAAAUAACACAAAUGGUGAAAAGAAGAGUCUUAGAUUAUCUAAUAUUUUACCCAAGUCUCCAGAAUGUUUUAACGAAGAAGAAUUUCACUGCAGUAGAACUUCCAUAUUUAAAGGAAAAUUGAUCUCAAAACAUGCUAGAAAAGAAUUUCUCGAUAAAUUUGUAGACUGUCAAAAAAAAAAUUAUGAAAAUAAAGAGCACAAAUCUUCAGGCGAAAGUGAAGUAGACAAAAAUAAAGUAACAGGACAAAGAGUUCUUCCUUAUGUUCCCAAAAAACGAGUAUGUGGUAGUAGUACGUUAUCUACAUCUAAUCUCGUUCAAGCAGAAUCCAUUUCUUUAGAAAAUAGUGAUAUGAAAGAAGAAAAUAAGGGUUGCCAUGUAAAUGUCAAUUCAAACCAAAACAAAAAUAUUAGCAUUCCACCAAUUAAAAAAGGUUUUUUGGAAAAUCUAGAACUUAAAGUGAAGACUGAACAAGAACAAUCACCAGUGAAAAUAAAUGUCACUUCAAAAUCAAGUCAUUGUGUCUCUGGAAACAGCAUGAAUAAUUGUAAUUCUUAUAUAAGUUGUAAAAGUCAAGAAAAUUCACAGAACUCUCUUCCAUUGGUUUUAGUAGAAAAAGUGGAUAAAUCAUCUGAUCCUACUAUUUUAAAUUUAAUGAAGAAGUAUCUACACAGUGAGAUCCAUACUUCAUUACUAAAAAAAGUUAACUGUGAGAAUAAACCUCAUUUUUCAACGCAGGAUAACAAAAAAAUUUUGAAUAAUUCUGAUAUGAAAAAUGAUGAUCAAACAGAAGCAAUUUUAGAUCUAAGUGAGAGCAGCAAUGAUUCAAUCAAAUACCAAAGUAAAAGGAAAGGUAUUAAAAGGAUCUUAUCUGAAUCACCACCACCUAAAAAUAUAAGUCCUCUCAAAUAUCAUUUCAGUUCUAAUAGUGAUGAAGAUGAUGAAGAGGUUGCAAGGAUAACAUCUAAGCGAAGAAAAAGCUGCAUAGUUGGUUCAGAAAAAGUUGAACGUCCUAAAACAAGAAGUCAAGGUACUUUAAAUGUAUCAUUUGAUGACACUGUUUUAAGACGUACCAGAAGUGUUACACGUCAUAGAAUAAAGUAUGAUCAGAAACAUCAAACAUUAACUGGAAGACUAAAAAAUAAUGAUAAUUUAAAGGAAUCUGAAGCAGUUGUAUGUCAAAAUUCCGUGCAAGAUUCCUGUGACACAAAUACUACUGCACUUGCAGAAAAAGAUUUGAUAAAAAAUACUAAACUAGACUCUUUUAAAAUACCAGAUUUAAAAAAGUUGGUUCAUAAAUCUUCAAGAGCAUCAAUCAAUAGUAAUGAAGAAGCAUCUGAAAUAGAAAGUUUAUCAAUCCCUAAUAAGCCAAAGAAAACCAAUAGUCAAUUUGUAAGAUUCCACCUCUCUGAAAAAAUAAUAAAUCAAUUUAAACUCAAAGAUUUGCAUCCUCAGUUAAUAAGAAUUGAAACAAUCUGUGGAAAAACACCUUAUCAAGAUUAUUCAGCUACUGAAAUAGAAAUUCUCACAGCAAAAUAUACUCAUUUAAUUAUGAAUUCAAAUUUUAGUACACCAUCAACUAGUGAAAAACGUUCAAAAUUGUGUACUUUUCGCCCAAGAUCAACUUUGAAUACUUCUGAUAAUAAUUCAACUAUUAAAGAUUCUACUAGAACUGUUGAUGAAGAAUCAGUAUUAGAGGAUUCAGUAACGGUCCAUAAAGUAAGUAAUGAUGCAACCAUAGCUGAAUCUAAUACUGUCAAUUCUAUUAAACAACAGGAAUUAUCAACUAAAGUUAAUAAAAGGAGAAGCAUACCAAUUUUGACUAACUCAGUUACAAAGAAUUACCAAAAUUCAAUUGCAGAAAUUAAAAAUCAAAGCUCCAAUGAAAAAGAUUCUAAUGCUUUGAUCAAUUUGCCCAAAAAAACAGUUGAUAUAAUUAAUUCAACUGAACCAUCACCUAGUAAAGAUUCAAGUACAAUUACCAGUUUUGAUCGACAAACAACAAGUUCUAGUGUUGAGGAACAAACAACAGCUGCUAGUGUUGAUCAACAUAGAGCAAGUUCUGGUGUCGAUCAACAUAGAGCAAGUUCUAGUGUCAAUCAACGAAAAGCAAAUUCUAGUAUAGAUCAACAAACAGCAAAUGCUAGUGUCGAUCAACAAACAGCAAAUUCUAGUGUCAAUCAGCAAACAGCACAUUCUAGUGACGAUCAACAAACUGCAAAAUCUAUUACUCUUGUUCGUAAUUCAAAAAUAGAUGAAUAUUUAAAAGAUUACUUUCAAGAAGUGUUGGUAAAUGGAGUAAGAAAAUAUAAAUGUGCAGGCCUCAAAAACAAUGUUUCUUGCGAAAAAUUAUUUUUAUCAAUAGAAACUUGGAAAGGACAUUGGGAUAAAACGCAUGGAGCCAAAAAGGAUAAAAAGACAAAAAGGCCUCUACAACCAGCCUCGACCAGUCAGACAUGCUCUAUGUGUUUCAAAUGGUUUGAAAAUCCAGAGAAGUUGUUCGAACACAUUUUGACGCAUGAUGGGUCGGAAUUGCGAAGCGCAUAUGCCGCUGCAAAAGGAGACUCAUUUGAUGAAGAAAACAAAACAGGAGAAAUUAAUGAGCCAAGUAACAACGAUAAUGAAACACUCUGUAAUAACAAUAUUAAUAGCGUAUCUUUGAGUCUGCCCAACGGCCAAAUCGUACCCGAGAUUGCUCAAGUUACCGCUUCAAUGAGUGACAUGCCAAGCCGCAUUUGUACGUGUCACGCGCACGAGAUGGGAACAAUACGAGAUUUACAAGUUGAAAUGGUAUUGCUGUGCAAGACGUGCAACGUGAUUUUUCGUCGCCUUGAUUGCUUCGAAUUACAUUAUCGCGAGAGUCCUGAGUGCCGACUUACCCGCAACCGUGCAGACAAGAAAGUUCCAAAGCUCUUAUGCACCGCCUGUCCAUCCGUACUAAAUGAUCACACUGACAUGCGUUUGCAUUUGGAAAAUCACGCGGUCAAAUGGUUACAGGCUAACAUCACUUUCUGCUGCAACAUAUGCAAAAUAUGCUUCUUCGGGGUGGGCAGUAUUUUUUACAAUCACUGGUAUCGGCACAACAAAGUGCCAGAUUUCGUAGCGAGCAAGCUCUCGUUCCCAAGGCACUCGGUCAUUGACUUUCCCGACUAUUUGGACAACGGAUCGAAUGGGUUGCUGAGAAAGAAGAGCGAGGGCUUCUUCUACGUGUCCGAAUACGUUUGCAGAAAGUGCAGAGCGCCGUUCUGUACCGAGAACGAUUUUCAGAAGCACGACAGUGCGUGUGAUGCGUCGGUUCAGACGUCGUCCCCGCCGCAGCAGCAGCAACGCCCGCAACAGAAAAAGCAGGAAAACGCCAACAGCCCCGUGGCUCCACUGAGCUACGAGAUGUUGUCGUUGAAGCUGCUCUGCGAUAUCUGCAAGCAGUAUUACGUGAAAAAAGAGGACUACGACAAACACUGCGACGAGCGCAAUCAUCUGAAAAGUACCCCGGCACAAUUUCACUGCGAACAUGUGCGAGGCACGGACCCCAAGUGUUUUAUCUACAGAUGCGCUGCUUGCAACUCGGCGCACCCCAAUAAAAACGAAAUGACAGAGCACUGGAAAAAGGCGCACAAUACGGUCUUGGAGCUUUAUACGUGCAAAUCAUGCAAUUUAAUGGCGUUGAACGGUCCUAAAAUUUAUUCAUUCGAGAAUUUCAUAGAGCACUGCAUGGCGGAGCACAAAAAUGAAAUUUUCUUUUCUCUAGUGUAUUACGUGAAAACACGAUACUCCUGCGAGUUAUGUCAUAUAGGAUUUCAGAAUGAAAGUUUGAUGAACGAGCACACAAUGAACACACAUACUAUUAGUGGUUUAAAUAAAGCUCCCACAGUUUCGACGCAGCAGAAAAAACCACGACAGCGUCAGCGGUCAAACCAAUCACAGAGUUUGCCAGCAAACCAGGCAUUAGCACAACAACAGCAAACUGAGCAAACAAUCAAUGGGCCUGUCAAUCCAAUAAGCACCAUUCCCAAAACCUUGUUCAUUAAGACUAUUUCUGCGAAUAAACAAACCAUUUCUAGGACAAAUCAUUCAGUCCCGAUUGUGUCAGCGCCAACUCUGCUAUCAAACCAAUGUAGUCCUGAAAUGAUUAUUCUCGAUUCAAGGUCUAACAGUCCUGAUGUUGAAGGUGACAAUCAAUCCAGCCAAAUAGAACCACUGGCAGAACAAAUUCCUACAAUGAGCAUACAAAAUCAGACUUCUGCGACGAUGGGGGAUCCUUUACUUUUACUUGAAACAAUGUUUACUGACAAAGAAAAUGAUAAUCAAUUUCCAGUGAUGAGCAAUAACGAACAAAAUGAUGAAACUGCCAAAGAAGUUCAAACUGGUCAGGGACCAAAUAUUCCAUCAUUUGAAGUAGUUCUAGUCAACGAUGCAAUGGAUCAAAUGGGCCAAAAAAAAGAAGAAAUUGAGCCUAUGGAGCUCGUCGAAACCACGAUGGCUUACGAAGAGAAAGCAGAAAAUUUCACGCCUACUUCGUUACCAGAAACUAACGGAAACUCAGCGAUAGUGACCAAACCAUUGCUGCGAGUACGUUCGAUUGCCGAGUUACAGGACACUAGCCGAAAGGUCUCCGAAAAUGUUGCUAAUGCGUCAAAACCGAGCGGAAUUUUCAAACCAUUGACACCAGUAGCCCCACAAUUUUCCCCAACCCUUCGUGGAAUAAUCAGUAACACUAAUCAGCAUAAACUUUCGUCAAACGCUUUCGUCAAACAGAUGAGACAAAAAAUUUUCAUGGCUGGUGGUCAACCGCAACGAGUACAAGUUCAGCCAUCGAUGUCGUCGGCGCCGCAGCCACCGCCACAGGUGCCACAGCAGAGUAUAAGCAACGUGCAACAGCCUUACUGGUACGAUCCUGCUACGUCCGUCACCAACGUUGUUGUCGCGCCGGUAAAUCAACAGCGAUACAACAACAUCAACGGCAUGCAGACAGAUGCCCAAGCGAUGCCGCUGAUGCAGCCGAAUUUGAGUCUGACCACGGUGCCGAUUACGGUCAAUUCUGCGGGUAUUUCCCAAAUGCUUGUCAAAAAUCCUUUGAUAAUGUCGCAGAACAUCGGUCAGAAUUCAUCGUCAAUGGCACAACAAACUCAUCAACGACCACCCCCGCCAGCCUAUAAUCACUUCGGGAACAAUCAGUUGUCAAAUCCGUCUGCCGCCUCGCGAUCUGGCCCUAUCAACUUGCCUGAGCGCAACGAUAUCGGUCAGAGACCUUCUGGAGCCGCUACUCGUAUACCUCAAAUGAACACCAAUCACUCUAACAUACCCGCCAGAAACACGAACACGUCGAAUCAACAAAUGGUUCAAAUAAAUUUACAACCUAUUCAAAAUAAUAACGAGAAUCAAAUGAAUCAGCUAAUAGCGCAGGAAAAAACACCGACUAUUUUUUCUUGUAAAUUUAAUUCGUGCUCGUUUCAAGCUGAUAAUAUGAAUGAUGUAAGGGUUCAUGAGAAAAAUCAUCAACGCCAACUUCAUCAGGAACAAAAGAAACAGCAGAUGUUACUUCAACAGCAGAUAUUACUGCAACAGCAGCAACAACAACUUCAGCAACAUCAGCAGCAACAACUUCAGCAACAGCAGCAGCAGCAGCAACAACAACAACUACAGCAUCAGCUACAAAAACAGCAACAGCAAAAUUUACAGCAACAACAGUUACAUCCUCAGCAACAGCGACAAUUGAUACUAACCCAAGAACAGUUGCAAAAUAUCAAACGAUAUACUCAAAAGCGGCAACAGCUACAACAACAACAACAACAGCAACAACAACAACAACAACAACAACAACAACAACAACAACAACAACAGCAACGGCAGCAACAACAACAGCAGUGGCACCAACAACAAAUGGUUCAACUUCAACUUAAUAAACAACAGCAAGUACAACAAAACCAUCUGCAACAACUACAACAACAGCAACAACAGCAACAACAGCAACAACAGCAACAACAGCAACAGCAGCAACAACAGAUACAACGACAAGCACAACAGCCUCUACAAAACCAACUGCAACAGCAGCAUCGGCAAGGACAACAACAAGUUCAUCGGACGCUUCCACAAUCUCAACAUGUUCCAAACAAUCGCCUUCCUGUAUCGCAAGUUCCACAAAGACAGCGUUACAGUGUGAUUGUACGACCUAAUAAUUUGCAAACAAGUAUUGCAUGCGCUGUUUGUAAUACAUCUUUUGGUUCAAACAUGGAACUUCAAACACAUAUGGAAACAGCACAUAAUCCACAACCAUCAUCGCAGGUUUAUUGUUACGUUUGCGAUUAUUGUCCAACUCCUUUAUUGUGUGCAAAUGAAGAAGAGCUGAGGCAGCACAUUGAAUUAAAACAUAAUCAUACAUGCCCGAAAUGUUGUUUAAGAUUCCCUUCUAUGGGAGAUGUUCAGAAACAUUUGCAAUCUCAUGAAAAUAUUGUAUAAUAGUCUCGACUAAGAGACACAUUUUUACCUUGGCUAUGUGCCAACAAAUUUUAAAUACGAACAUAUUUUCUUAAAUUGAUACUGUUCAUGUAACACAAAGAUUAUCAUAUGUUUAUGUGUAAAAUGUGAAAAGCUUUACUUUUAUAUGAACAAUUGUUAGAUAACUCAAGUGUUUUCAGUGUUAUUAAAAAUACGCACGUGCUAAAGUUUGAUACUUUCACAGGUUUAUAAUGUAUUUUUAUGGAUUGAAUGUAUUUAUCGAAAGACUGUUAUUUGAAGAUGCAAUUCUAUAAGUAACUCCGUCAUUUUCCAAUGAAAUUAAUGGAGGAAAAUGAUUUCUGCCAUACCAGUAAUAAUUUUAAAUAAUUAUAUUUAAUUGUACAGAACAAAAAAAGAAUAUCAAGUUAACAAUAAAGCAAAAAUAACUUGAAAAAUAAGUUACUUAUAUAAUUUUAAUAGUUCUAUCGAUUGGAUUUUUAUUUUGCGCCAAAUGUGUGUUUAUACUUAUGUAAAUCUGGCAUAUCAUGAAAAAUUAAAUGAAGUGGUCUUCAUAAUUUUUCUACGAAAUAUGAUUUUCCACUUAAUCUAAGAAUUUAGUAUAAUUGAUAAAUAUAACAAAAAAAAAUAUUCAUCAAACCAAUAGGACGUUUUCUCUUUUGUAAAGAUUUUGCACAAUUAGUGUGCAACCACGACAGUUAAAUAACUUUUUAGUAUUUUUUUAUUUUGCGCACAUUUUACGUAAUGUUGGAUUCAUCUGCCGUAUUUGUUCUUAUGAUCAUUUCAGUCACUGUAGCUUUUCAACGCAAAUCAUAUAAUUCUUAUGCAGUUGAAAAUGUUGGAAUAUUCAUGACAAAUGGAAUAUGCUGAUUAUGUGUUGACUAAAUGAUGCUUAAUGAUUGUAAAUGAGAUGUUGAAACAUAAUAUGGUUUAGCUAUUUAUUGAUUGGUUAUAAAUGUUUUUUUUCAACUUAUAAAGCAAAUGUAAAAACAAUUCCUGUAGUAUAAGUUUUUACCUUGUAUAUUAAAAAUUAAUUCCUCCUUUUCCUAAUGAAUUUGAGGAAAAUCAUGUGUACAUAUGCGAAAUAAAAGAUUAUUAUUGUAAUGAAACGAA